AUGACGGUGCCUGCGAGGAGGAUGCUACUGGCGGAGUUGGCGAUUGGCGGCAUCAGCGGAGUUAUGUCAUUUGGAUGGCAGCAGCGGCCGCUACAAGACGGGCCGCUUAGGGCGGAUGAGCGGGAUGGACAUGGCGGUAGGCGGCAGGCGGCGAGCGGAGCUUCAACUGCGGUGUCUGUCUGUCUCAACGUCAACAUGAGCAACACUGCAGCUCCCGAGUUCCGAGAGGUGAAGGCGCGGCAGGGCGGUGAGCAUAUUCGCUCGGCCGAUCUGUUUCGCUUAGAUCAGCGGACAAUAAUCAUCACUGGAGGAGCUGGUUAUCUCGGCGUCGAAGCAGCGGGUUGCAUUCUCGAGUCUGGCGGAGAUGUAAUCUGUCUGGAUGUGGUAGAAAGCCCUCGUUCGGAGGUAUGGAACGUCACUGAUCCUCAUGCGAUUUCAAAGACCUUCGAGACAUUUGUCCCUGGUCUGAGAUACCCAAUUCGUGGCUUGGUCGGGUGUGCCGGUGUGUCUGACAAUGACCCUGCUCACGAGUUCUCCGUCGAAAGAUUUCGGCGCUUGAUGGAGAUCAAUGUGACUGGAACCUUUUCGCUUGCCCAAGCAGUUGCUCUUGAGAUGAAGAAGGCAAAUGUUGACGGAAGCAUAGUGUUAACGGCAAGCAUGAGUGGCUCAGUUGCCAACAAGGGUGUAGAUACCGCAGGCUACAAUGCUUCCAAGUCUGGAGUACUUCAACUGGCUCGAUCGUUAGCAGCAGAAUGGGGUUCUCGGAAGGGGAUGCCCCUUAUUCGUGUGAAUACGUUGUCACCGGGCUAUAUUCGCACUCCAGCAACGACAGAGGCACUGCAAAAGCCUGGGAUGGAAGCUCAGUGGACUGGAGACAACAUGUUGUAUCGUCUCAGUCUUGUGGACGAGUUCAGAGGUCCUAUCCUGUUCUUGCUGAGUGACGCAAGCAGUUUCAUGACGGGUGCUGACCUCAGAGUCGACGGGGGCCAUUGCGCGUGGUAG